AGGUAGGAAGAGAGGAGGCAGGAUGCCAAUUUUCUGUUAACUGCCAGCAUUUCAUACGCCAGCAUUUCAUCUACUAAUACUCCAUCCGAUCGAAUUAGAUUGACUCUUGCACGCUCAUAUGUGAUAUGUUUACGUUUGGUUCACUUUAAGUUCUACACGAUCACGAUGCACAUUUUUGUGAUAUAUAUAUAGUAGACAAACGUGCGUCACCUAUUGAGCUCGAGCGGAGGGGAAAGUGUCAAAAUUAGACUGUAAUAGUCAUGUGAUCAAAGUUUAUGAUACAUGCGAUCACAUUAAGAUGGAAUUAGACAAAUGAACGCCACUGGAUGAAAGUCCCAGCCCCACGCGAGUCUUCGUGGAUGCAGCGCGUCUGACAGAGCCCCGCUGUCCCCUCUAUACUGGACAACUAUUACGGAGUAAGCUACCAGUGACGUGUGCUGCCGUCUGGAUCCAUCCAUCCAUCCAAUCAGGAAAGGGGGAGAGAGUGCCGGAGCUAGAGUAGAGAGAGGGAGUCUACUUGGCACAAUGCACUGAGUGUGACAGUGUGAUUUUAGAGGCUCCGAAGGAGGAUUUCACAUUCUGUGUGUGGGGGAUAAAAGGAGCAACCUGGACAUUGUCUUGUUUUUCCACACCUUGUCAAGCCUGUACAAGUCCCCUCAAGGAUAUUUUCGUCUUCCCCACCCCGGCCCUCCUGAAACCCAUUCCCCUUGAUUGGCUGCACUUAUCCCCACAGCCGACCUGGGCUCGGGCCGUGGGGCUGCUCGGCGCGCUUUGGCUGAGAUUUGCAACCCGAAAUGAGCGCUCAGACAGCAGACGCCGUUAUUGGGGCUCGGUGGUCCCCAACGCCGUGGCGGAGCUAUAAGGGCUGGAUGUUCUCCUUGUGGCUGACUCUGGUCGGACUGGCGGUGGGUUCGGGGGACCCGUGGUUGUCCGCCGAGGCAUGCCCGUCCUCCUGCAUCUGCAGCAACUCCAGAAUCUCCUGCGUGGACCCGGAGAAGGGCAUUAGCGCCUUCCCCAUCCUGCAGAGCGAAGCGGAGAUGGAGAACAUCACAGACAUUUACAUCGCCAACCAGAGUGGCUUCUCGUCCAUCAGUGACAAAGACCUGCACUACUACAAGAAUCUCAGGAACUUAACGGUGACCAACAGUAGACUGACAUACGUCUCCAAGCUGGCCUUUCAGAACAACAUCAAAUUACAGUAUUUGAAUCUGAAAGAUAACAACUUGUCAUCACUAUCCUGGACCAUAUUCCGGCACCUCAACCUCUCUUACAUGAUCCUGACAGGAAACCCUCUCCACUGCUCCUGUGAGAACAUGUGGAUCAAACUGUGGCUGUUAGAGGAGGCGGACACGCAGGAGCUGCGCUGUGUCGAGGACGGUGGAGGACGCAUCCUGCUGUCCAGACUCAAACUCCCUAAUUGCGAGCUUCCCAUGGCCACACUGACACCGUCCAAAGUGACUGUUAUGGAGGGCGACAACAUGCAGCUCUCCUGCAACACCUCUGGUGUGCCGUCACCUGACCUCAUCUGGAACAUGGCGUCGGUCACCAGCGACGAGAUUGAGAGAUCGGGCCAGAUCUCCGUACUGCGGUUGUCCAACCUGUCAUGGUUGGACCAUAACAGCAAGAUCAGCUGCACCGCACAAAACAUUGUCGGAGAGAACGAGUCCUCAUUGCUUUUGAACAUAUCAUUUCCUCCGAAAAUCACCAAGCUGAGCGACGCCAUCUCAGACCACAAUUGGUGCAUUCCCUUUAGUGUGGCAGGAAACCCAGAACCUCAGAUCAAGUGGUAUUUGAAUGACAAAGAAGUGACCGAGGACAAAUUCAUCAAGACCAUGAUCUAUGAGUUUGCUGAGCGUGAGUAUCACGGCUGCCUCCAGCUUGAUAUUCCCACGCACCUCAACAAUGGCCUCUAUACGCUGGUGGCCACGAACCAGUACGGAACAGACAGGAAGCAGGUCAAGGCCCACUUUAUGCACAAACCCUGGGAGGAUGAGGAAUCACACUUGACAGGAACUGACAAAGAACCAUACUACUACGAUGAACCCACUGCGGACCCGCCAGAGGACAGAGUCGCUGUGUACGUAGUGGUGGGCAUUGCUGCAGUCGCCUUCUUUGGUUUCCUGAUUAUGUUAGCCAUCCUCAAGUUUGGGGGGAACUCCAAGUUCGGCAUCAAAGGACCGUCGUCGGUCAUCAGCAAUGAUGACGACUCUGCCUCGCCCCUCCACCAUGUUUCCAACGGCAGCAACACCCCGUCCUCCUCUGAGAUGGGCCCUGAUGCCGUCAUCAUCGGCAUGACCAAGAUCCCUGUCAUUGAGAACCCACAGUACUUCAGGAGCUCUAACAGCCUGCUCAAAACAGACACCUUCGUCCAGCACAUCAAGAGACACAACAUCGUGCUGAAGAGGGAGCUGGGAGAGGGAGCCUUUGGCAAAGUCUUCCUCGCCGAAUGUUACAACCUGUCGCCUGACCAGGAGAAGAUACUGGUGGCUGUCAAGACUCUUAAAGAGGCCAGCGAAAAUGCCCGGAAGGACUUCCAUCGGGAAGCUGAGCUGCUGACCAACCUUCAGCAUGAGCACAUUGUCACCUUUUAUGGUGUGUGUGUGGAGAGCGACCCCCUGAUCAUGGUAUUCGAGUACAUGAAACACGGAGACCUCAACAAGUUCCUCAGGGCUCAUGGACCGGAUGCAGUUCUCAUGGCAGAAGGCCAGACCACCAGACCAGUGGAGCUGACACAGUCGCAAAUGUUGCACAUCGCCCAGCAAAUAGCGUCCGGAAUGGUCUAUUUGGCCUCACAGCACUUUGUGCACCGCGACCUUGCCACCAGGAACUGCCUGGUGGGCGAGAACCUGCUGGUGAAGAUUGGAGACUUUGGCAUGUCCAGAGAUGUUUACAGCACUGACUACUACAGGGUGGGAGGUCACACCAUGUUGCCAAUCCGCUGGAUGCCCCCCGAGAGUAUCAUGUACAGGAAGUUCACCACAGAAAGUGAUGUAUGGAGUCUGGGUGUGGUUCUCUGGGAGAUCUUCACCUAUGGCAAACAACCAUGGUAUCAGCUCUCCAAUAAUGAGGUGAUCGAGUGCAUUACCCAGGGCAGGGUGCUGCAGCGCCCCAGGACCUGCCCCAAAGAGGUGUACGACCUAAUGCUGGGCUGCUGGCAGAGAGAGCCCCACAUGAGACUCAACAUCAAGGAGAUCCACGGCCUGCUCCUCAACCUGGCAAAAGCAUCACCGGUCUACCUGGAUAUACUGGGAUGAGCGCGCUGAAGAGCGUAACGUGUACAGGAUGUGAGAACAACUUUUAAAGGCAAUCACUUUAAAAAAAAAAAAAAAAAAAAAAAAUCCAUAAACGCAUCCUUCCCUUCUUCUCAUCUUUCCUCCAAAAAGAGGGAAAAGCUCCAUUUGGAACGCUUUGCUGGAUUUAACAGAGUGACUCAUUUCAACAGGGAAUGCUUCUUGGAGCUUUUCCAUGUAAAUAUGAGACUGUAUGAAGGUUGUCGUUUUUCAGAGGAUUUGGCUCAGUUUUUGCCCCAAAUGACACUGUGCUCCUCCUCCGCUCCAUAAAAACACGCGCACCGCCAACUCAUAGUUUGAUGUCAUAAGUCAAGAACGAACAAUGAAGGAUGGACAUGCGAGCAAAUUCCCUUGAGCAAAUAUCGGCAAAUUAAAGUGUAUUAUUUAUGUAUUUAAUUUUUAUUUAUUUUAUUUGAAUUGAUUGUUUUUCUAAUUAAUCCCGACAGCAGCCUAUAAUUUAGUUCUUGCUUUAUAAUUACCAUAAUUUUUGGACUAUAGGACCUGACUAUAAGCCGCCACCAGCCAAAUUUGACAUGAAGCAGCGGCAUUUGUGCAUAGAUGACCCGCACUGGAAUAUAAUCUGCAGCUGUCCUCACUGUAUUUACACAGAAAGAUAUUAACUGGUAACACUUUAUUUGACAGCGGCAUCAUAAGGCUUUCAUAAGACCAAAUGAACCACCAUGAAGCGUUGAACCAAUUGGCUGCAAAGCUUCAUUGCUUCAAGAAGCUUCGUUUGGCCAUCACUGCUCCCUUGGGGGGAGACAGUCAACCACUGCUGCCACCUUCUGUCAACACUGUUGUCAUCAAGCAUGCCUCCUAGCAUGCAUUGCAGCGCUACAGAUGUAAAUAACAAUCAAAAUUCAUCUUCUGUGCUAAUUAUUUCUUCAGUUACUGUUCCAGUUGUUUCAUUAAUUGCUAUUUAUGGUGUUUGAUGACACUUUAUUUGACAGUGGUGCUGUAAGGCUGUUAUAAAACAAUCAUAAUUAUGACAUGACACUGUCAUGAGCAUUAAUGAAUGCUUAUAACUAGGGCUGUCAAAAUUAUCGCGUUAACGGGCAGUAAUUAAUUUUUUAAAAAUUAAUCACGUUAAAAUAUUUGACGCAAUUAACGCACAUGUCCCGCUCAGACAGAUUUAAAUGACAGUAGAGUGAAAUGCCCACUUGUUAAUUGUUUUAUGGAGUUUUGUCGCCCUCUGCUGGCGCUUGGGUGCAACUGAUUUUAUGGGCUUCAGCACCCAUGAGCAUUGUGUAAGUAAUUAUUGACAUCAACAAUGGCGGGCUACUACUUUAUUUUUUGAUUGAAAAUUUUACAAAUUUUAUUAAAACAAAAACAUUAAGAGGGGUUUUAAUAUAAAAUUUCUAUAACUUGUACUAACAUUUAUCUUUUAAGAACUACAAGUCUUUCUAUCCAUGGAUCACUUUAACAGAAUGUUAAUAAUGUUAAUGCCAUCUUGUUGAUUUAUUGUGAUAAUAAACAAAUACAGUCCUUAUGUACCGUAUGUUGAAUGUAUAUAUCCAUCUUGUGUCUCCAACAAUUUAUUUUACAGAAUAUAUAUAUAUAAUUUACAGAAAAAAAUGGCAUAUUUUAUAGAUAGUUUGAAUUUCGAUUAAUUGCAAUUAAUUACGAUUAAUUAAUUUUUAAGCUGUAAUUAACUCGAUUAAAAUGUUUAAUUGUUUGACAGCCCUACUUACAACACAAGUCAUUUCUUGUCAUCCGGCAAAUUAUCUCACUUUUGAAUGGCUGUAAAAGAUCAAAGCUGGACAUAAAUGGAGUUAAUGACAUAAUUUGUUGGGUGACACUUAAUGACAUAUGUCAUAAGCAUUCAGUAAUGCCCAUUGAAGGAAUCUGACCUUUAAUGCUAGAUCAUGCCAAUCACGCCAGCCGAACCGCCAGACCGCGCUGGCGCAGCGCCAACGACCCGGACCGGCGAAACCCGAUAACCCGGCCAAAAGGCCAAACUCCGUGCGUUCACGAAUUGAAUUUAUCCCAGGUCAACAGCAAUCAUACAGAAAGGCAAAACAGCAAAAGACCCAGGCGAGGAGGCAGACUGGUUCCAGGGUCGCCGUAUCACAAGUCAACAAAAGAUUCCCGAGAAAAAAAGACAAAGAUGAGUUAAACAUUCAGUCUUUUAAAAGGCUGUAACGGGGCAGGCCGUGGGAAGGAAGAGUGGUGUGUUUGGGUCUUCUUCUGUAGCAGAUUUGGGUGGUCAAGUUCGUAUGUCACCGUUGCUGAGUCAUGGUUAAUGAGGCAACUGAGUUGGGAGGUCCGGCGCGCCUCACCGUCUGAGAGGCGCUGAGCUAUCACCAUUGGAGUUCUUUUUGUUAUCAGGUGUUGUGGCAGUACAGGACGUCCCGCCAUUUGUUCUGGACUGUCCUGAAGAGCUGAUUGCGGGAUUUGGUGUUGCAGACGUGGGCUUGUAGAUGUCUUGCUCAGUCAGCUGCAUGACUGAGCAUGUGUUGGGCUUCCAUAGUCAGAAGGCGUCAUGUAUCUCUUAUGCCCUAUGUCAGAUAUAUUCUGCUUGUUUUCCUUAAGCUAUGAUAUUAAUGCUAUUUAUUUUAUAUUGGGUAAGAGUAGUACAGUGAAACAGUAAAUACCAGAAAAGAUACUAUUCCUUCACCAUGAUCGUGUCAUGUCAUAAUUAUGAUGGUCUUAUGACAGUCUUAUGUCAAAUAAAGUGUUACCUAUUAACCCAAAUAAAUCAACAAAAAAGCCGCACUGGACUAAAAGCCACAGGAUUCAAAAAGAGGGGAAAACGUACCGGCUUAUAGUCUGAAAAUUAAGGUAUAAUAUGCACCAAUAUUUUAUAUUUUUUCAAUUCCAAUAUCUAUUAGGCAGCAAAUUAGUGGGGCUGAUCCAAAAUAGAUGGAUUUAUGAUUGCAACCCACAACUGCUGAUCUUUAGAAAGCAUGACUCAACUGCCAGGCUUGCUACGCACAUUUUGUUAUUACAUCUUUUUUAAUAGAAAGUAACAUGAUGACCACUCUAAAGCCGUGCCCCCACCCACAAUUUCAAAAGGAACAGAUGCUUCACUCCUGUCAGUGUCGGGGGUCAAUUGAUUGAUACAGCUAUUAGGGUUAAAGGGCUUGUUGUAUAGGAGGGGGGGCAGGCGCCUGAAUUGAGGCUAGGCUUUACAUCAAGGACUUCAAACCAAUUGUAAAAAAAACACUUUUAUAAAAAAGAAAACAAAAUACCUUACCCAAACAUAACCCAUAAACGAUGAGUGCAAAAUGACACACAUUGAAAAACCACACCUCCUUUUAACUAGUUAAAUUCCCGUGUUUUCCCGUGUAAAUCUACUUGAAAUAAGUGAAAUGUUUCAAAUAAAUUUUACUCGGAUUUCUUGCAGUAAGAAAAAUUGCUAGCUGAAAAUAAGCUUCACAGACUUAUUUUAAGCAAUAAAUUAGUAUAUUUAAUCUUUACAAAGCUUUGAAAUGUCAGAAAUGUUCUUAAUUCAAGAAUAGAUAUUGUUCAAAACAUUAUUUAAAGCAACUUUCUCUUGAUUUAGGUGAAUAAUUACCUUAACCUUUAGAUAUAUGAGCUUCAUGAGAACAAAUAGUAAUAUUUCCUAAAGUAACAUUAGGUAACUUUUCAGUUUUGGUCGAUUUAGCGACGCCAAUGGAGAAAAGCGGUAGUGUUUUGCCUUAAGGAAGACUGUGUUUCCCAUGAGCACUAGGCGCAUAGUGUAGAAAAAUCGCCUGCAGCUGGAUUAAACAAAAUUUCUGUUUCCAGCGGCUGUGUGAAGGAUAAAUAGUAAUGAGGUAAUGAAUCCUGUUGUGGCCAAACAUUAGCAUAUGACGGUUAGCAACCGUGUGGCUUAGUGUGGCUAAGUGUGUGGUUGGGGGGGGGGCAUGCAAGCGAGCGAAAGCCGGACCAAUGUUUAUUGAGAGCCCUUCUAUCCUUCCCUGCUCAGACAAAACUUUUUGUCUCUUUUGUUGCUCUGCCCUCUGUGCAGAUUUCGCGUGAAUGCGUUCAUAUCGACUUCUGCCGAUAUAAUGUCUGGGGAAAGGAGGAAAUGACUUAUGCCGUAAAGUAGUCAGCACAUUUGUAGUUUUCUUGUGUGCCAGGGUUCCUGCCACCUUCCUGAAGGUUAAUUAGUGCCGGUAAAAGUGAUACAGACCCCCUCAAGAUAUUAACUCAUUCACUCCUAGCCAUUUUCACCUGUGCAACCCGGCCGUUUUACUGGAUUUUGACUGAUUUUGCAAGGCCCACAUUCUGUUGUAUUGCUAUAUAAACAUGGAACCCACCAAAAGAAAGAUUAAACUCUCUUCUUUCAGCAAAAGAAAGUAAUUUCAUAUUUUUUUCGAUUCUUUAAAAAUCAGCAUGAGAAAAUAGCUUAGUUUGAGCAAUUUUCCAAAUUCUGAUGAAAAAAACGGAGAAAUUGAGCUUUUUGUGAAAGCAUACAUUUCAAACAUAACUUUGAGUUAUACACAGCUAUAUUUUGCUUUAGUUAUAUCCCAAACAUCUGAAUAAUGUUUUCCUUUUACAAAAUUAGAUAAACAAAAAGACAAAUCGUGCUUUUGAUAGCAAAGUAACUAUUUAUUUACACAUAACUAACUGAUAGAUGACGCUGUUGUGGCCGCGACAGCCGAUUAAACUUUUCCCUCAUCGCCGUCUGCCUCAUAAAGACGAAUUUUUUUGAGUCACUGCGGGUACUAGUGGCAAUACAAGGCUAUACAAUAAAGGCUAUACUAGUGAUCACGGUCGUUCUGCUCGGUCGUACAGCGCCUGGCAUCGCGGGCGUCCUACCAGUUGUUCUGCUUGGUCGUCCGCUGCCUGGCAUCCAUUCGGUCGUCUUCCGCCAUGCGGCUUGGCCGUUUGUUGCCGUUGAAUAGGGUUGCGGGUCUUACCAAAUGCGCUACUGACCUCCAGUGGCCAGUUUUAUUGCUUUAAAAUGGAUUUUCAGCUUUGUGCUUUGGAGCUAAAUUGAAUCACAACCCAGAGAUGUCUUUUUUGAAAAAAAGACAUAAAUACAUCUUUGGGACACUGAAACAAUUAAAAAUAGAACAUACUUAUACGUUUUUGGGAGCAAAUGAGUUAAAGAGGUGUCAUUCAACUUGUUAUCAGUCGACAUGUCAUCUCAAAUGUUAUGAAAAUAUUUUAUACAGGUUGAAAAGUUACAUAGUGUUGCUUUAAAUAUGCUUUUGGUUCAAUAUGAAUGAUUUUUUUUUAAAAAGAAUGUAUCAAAACUUUUUUUCCUCCCCAACAGCAGGGGGUACUGCAGCACCCUCAUCACCCCACUUUCCGCGCCACUGUGUGAAGUAUUUAACGCCCAUGUUAUCCAUUUAAAAGGGAUGUACUAGCCUCACCAUCUUAUUGUAGAGGACCAUAUUCCAAUCGCACCAGAUGUUUCUCUCACAUUGUUAAAAUGAGAUGUGAAACAAUCUGGAAGCUUGGUGUGUAUGUGAUCAAAAAAACUUAACCUGACAACAAAAACCUGACCUAAGUGUCAGGUUUCGGUUUAAUGGCUCACAUAUUUUUAACCCGUAUCAAUAUAUUUAAUAAUAACACUAUCAGUCCCAGAGAAUUCGGAUACUCCUAAUAGUCCCAAGCAAUGGUUGACUUGGCCUCUCCCCCGGAAGAACCAAGAGGUGGCCAAAAUAACCCAAGUUCUUUAUAAUUGGCAAGUCGUUUUCCAACAGACAACAGCCUUUCAUAUGGACAUGCAACCACUCGACAUAUAUUGUGUUGGAAGGCAGCCCAAACAGAGGGGAACACACUACGGUUGAACUAUGUUUUAGAAUGUAUAAUGUAAUAACGUGUAUAACAUGAAAAGUAAGAUCAGUUACUUUGCUGAGUAACUAAUUACUCUUACAAUAAUGUAACUGAGUUACCAAAAAAAGUGAGUAAUUAACUUGUAACCAACUAAUUACUUUUUGAAGUAAGAUUAACAACACUGUACAGUACAUACCACCUUCAUAAUAAUUAGGACUACUAGGACAUUCAUUCAUUGUUUCAGUGUGUUCAAAGCAACUGUUCAGGGCCGGUCCCUUCCCCCUCCUUAGGACACAAAUUCAGUCUGUUACCGUUUUUCUCAAAAGUUUUCACACAUUUUCUUGUACUAACGUCAGAUGCAAUGACCUUGCCUGGCACGGCCAGACUGUUCUCCCUGUGUUUUUCAAACACUGAGAGUAUAGUCUGGGACCCAGCCCAUUAACGGCCUCUCGAGCAAGUACAAAAUCAAUCGACAAAUCAGAUUCGUUUAUUUGGGUGAUGUGUUCUUAACGAGCAACGUCACUCUUCCGCGUCGGAAGUCGUCUCCACAGCAACACAGAUGGCGAACAGGAGAGCUGAGAAUAUGUUCCAAUCCACGGUAAAAUCAGUUUUAAAUUACCAAAAACACAUCGACACAAGUCAUUGACAACAGUCUGUCUCACGCUAGCCAUGGUGAAUGAACUCCGCUUUCCUCGUAUGUUUACUUCCGCGCGCAAGUCCCUCGUCCCACCCGUCGCUGAUUGGUCCACUCCGCUGUGUUUGCCGUGGCUUGCUCCGCCCUGGAAAUUUUAUCCGCUUAAUGGUGGCCAGACUCAAUAGCUGGAACAGCGGUGAGUCUGGAGUACCAGGCUAGCAAUGACCGUAAUUCAUGCUCCAUGCCCCUGAUUUAGUCCUUCUAAAGUAUAGAUACAAUUCUUGCUUUACACUUAAAUUGCAGUUCUAAAACGUUUUUUUUUUUUGUUUGUUUGUUUGUUUUCUCAAAACAAUGUACACAUUUGGGCCAUUUUUUCUGUUGUUAUGUGUGAAGUAUAGAAGUGUGUAGAAAGGUACAACUCCAUAAAUAAAUGUAGCUUGACUUGAACUGACCCUCGUGAGGAUAAGCGGUUCGGAAAAUAAAUGAAUGAAUGACUUGAACUGACAAAAAGUAUGACAUGAAUGGUUCAACCGUGGUGUGUUCCCCUCCGUUUGGGCCGCAUACCAACAUAAUGUAUGUCCAGUUGUCAGGCCGAGACGACGAGGCGGACUCAUCUGUGGAGUUUCAGGCAAAAAACUUUCAUUCAGAAAAUAGGUUCUUUCGCUGGCAUGCGGGGAUGAGAAAAAGUACCAACAUAAAGUGUUCCAAACAGAAAAAUAACUCAGGACAACCACGAUCAAAAGUUCAAACAAAAGCACUCCAAAAGGAGGAAUAGUACAAACAUUAAACACUCCAAAUGGAGGAAAAAGCCAAGAUAACUAUGGUCAAAAGUUCAAACAAAAAGCACUCCAAGUGGAGGAUAAAAUCUAGACAACUAUGAUUGCUAUGAGACAAGGCUGCCAUGACCAAAAUGGGUAGUAGGACACUUCUGCACAAGACAAUGGAAACUAACGCAAUAUAUUCACACACGAGGUAAUGGGGAACAGGUGGAAACAAUAGGUGAUUAGGUUACAAGAGGAAGGGCAAGUACACAGGCACGAGGAGGGUGAAGCCUUCAAAAUAAAACAGGAAAUGACAUGAAACUAGUGGUUGUAUUUACAUAUCAACGGUAGCUCUCUGUUGGACAACAACUUGCUAAUUCAAAAGCACUUGGGUCAUUUUGGCCAACUUUGGGUUUUUCCGGAGGAAGGGCAAGAUUGGCCAUUGCUUGGGAAUGUUAGGAGUAUUUCUCUUGGGAAAGGCCGAUUCGACCUCUGCUGGGUUUUCGAGUGUUAAAUCCUACUAGGUUCUACUUCAAAAUGCAAAAAAACGUCCCUUGAUUUCUUCUUACUUAUUUCUGCCAUUCACAAGAUAUCACAGCCUAUUCAGGCAGAACAACAUUUACGAUUGAAAUGAAAUUCAAAUGCAAUUCAUCACACUUUAAACUUCAACUUUUCAACUUAGAAAAGCACCAUAUCGCCCUCUUAAUGGCACUUUUUGAUUGCAUCCCUACGGCCCCCAUUUAGGCAGCUAAACUGCUGCUAAUUUCUGCUUCCGACGCCCACAGGGACUUACAGAUUGUUUUAUCCAUGCAAUAUCGCCAAUGACUUUAUAUUUUCCUAUCUAACAGGGCUCCCAAUCCCCAAGCGGUAAAAUGUGUGGUGAGAUACGCGGCAGGUGCGGUUCUUCUGGUCAACUCAUAUUAAAUGCUCAGGCCUCUUAGCUCUCAGACAUGCUUCAAAAUUGUGUGUGCGGGUUAGCGUGCGUGUGUUACACAAACUGUUUACCUUCUCUCGCUGUCCCUCCAUCCUUACACACACACCCGCUGAAAGACACUCACGACAGUCCGAGGAGGAAAUUGAAUUGUGCAUGUUUUAUUAUUUGAGCGCUGCAGUCCUCUGUAAUGGUGUAAUGUAUAUUUCAUUACGGGGCCUAAUGGGCUCCAUUAGCGCGGGCCUCCUCGCAGACAUUCAAGACUUAUUGUUUUAUGGCACAGAGGGAAAAAGGGGAAAGGACGAUGGAGAGGGGAUGAGGAGAUGUGCUGGGGGGAAUAGAGUGUGGAGUCGGGAGGAAAAGGUUGACGGCAAGAUGGUAGAGUGGAGGAGUAAGGGUGGAUGUCAUUGCAGGAUAGUGAGGUCCUUGGGGACUCGGUGAAAGUGGGCAUCCAUCAUUUCACAACAAAUGCACCCUACACCAGGAGUGAGCAAGGGAUUUUUUUUUUUUGUCGUAUUUUUGUUGGUUCCAUAGUACAUUUUAAGCCGGAAUUUGUUUUGCUCUACAGAGGAGGAGUUUGAUAUACAGUAAAAGCCUGCUAUAGUGAGGCAUAGUGUCCCCACCAUGGGUGUAUAAUUAUCAGAGGUGGGUAGAGUAGCCAAAAAUUGUGCUCUAGUAAGGGUAGCAUUACUUCAAAAUAAUAUCACUCAUGUAAAAGUUGUCAUCCAAAAAAAAUUACUCAAGUACAAUUAAAAAAGUAUUUGGUGAAAAGAAUGAGUAACAUUGUGAGUAACUGCAUACAAUGUUUGAUUAUGCUUACGGUAUUUUUUUUUCUCAGCACAAAGUUAUAUACAGGUAGGUCCCAGUUUACAAAUGAGGUCCAUCCCUGCGCUGGCGACGUAACCCGGAUUUCUGCGUAGGCCUGAAUAAACCCUUUAAAAACCUCAAAACACCCUCUAAAUUAAAAAAAAAAAUAUAUAUAUAUAUAUAUAUAUAUAUAUAGAGCUGUCAAAAUUAUCGCGUUAACAGGCGUUAAUUAAUUUUUUAAAUUAAUCACGUUAAAAUAUUGGACGCAAUUAACGCAGAUGCCCCGCUCAGACAGAUUUAAAUGACGGUACAGUGAAGCGCUCACUUCUUAAUUGUGUUUUAUAGAGUUUUGCCGCCCUCUGCUGGCGCUUGGGUGUGACUGAUUUUAUAGGCUUCAGCACCCAUGAGCAUUGUGUAAGUAAUUAUUGACAUCAACAAUGGCGGGCUACUAGUUUAUUUUUUUAUUGAAAAUUUUACAAAUUUCAUUAAAACGAAAACAUUAAGAGGGGUUUUAAUAUAAAAUUUCUAUAAAUCGUACUAACAUUUUUCUGUUAAGAACUACAAGUCUUUUUAUCCAUGGAUCGCUUUAACAGAAUGUUAAUAAUGUUAAUGCCAUCUUGUUGAUUUAUUGUUAUAAUAAACAAAUACAGUCCUUAUGUACCGUAUGUUGAAUGUAUAUAUCGAUCUUGUGUCUUAUCUUUCCAUUCCAACAAUAAUUUACAGAAAAAUAUGGCAUAUUUUAUA